CACCGAACGCGCACGACUCGGAGGCGACAGGGCUGUCGCGCCUCCACCUCCCUCCCGGCACUUGCGGGGCAGCGCGGGCCGCGGAGCGAUGGCUCUGCGAUCGGCUCGGGGGGCUGCCGGGCCCUCGCACCUGCGCGCGGCGGCAGCGACUGGUCAGGCCUGGGCGCAACAUGGCGGCCCCCGCGAGCACCAACCCCUCCCAGCUGCUGCCGCUCGAGCUUGUGGAUAAGUGCAUAGGUUCGCGCAUUCACAUUGUGAUGAAGAGCGAUAAAGAAAUUGUUGGAACGCUCCUGGGAUUUGAUGACUUUGUCAAUAUGGUGUUAGAAGACGUUACGGAAUUUGAGAUUACACCUGAGGGCAGACGAAUCACAAAGCUAGACCAGAUUUUGCUAAAUGGAAAUAACAUAACAAUGUUCUUUACUUUCUUCAUGCGAAAAUGCUGACUUAAUCCACACUGCCUGUGGAAGGGUUCAAGCUCUUUGUUAUUUUUUGAGCUCUGUUCAGCAAUAGAAGUUGAAAAGAGGGAACCAACUUCCCAGUAUUGCAGCUUCUUCCCCAGAAUGUCACUAUUGGAGAAAUUCUUCAUGAAAGGAAGUAUAUUCUUUGUCUUUUUAAAAAUUAACUGGUCUGAACAUAGAAUGUUUCUAGACAGAAUCAUCUCCUUAAAGUUCAGAACAAAAGACAAAAACCAAAAUGUGUGUUAUCUAGGAUCUCCUUAUGUUUUUUAUUAAACAUUCUUUGUAUUUUGGAGAUUCUUUUUGGCAUGGGCUUCUCUGGCAGUAACAAACUUCCUCUGUUGGGAGAGGAAGAUAAUACUGAAUCUAAAAAACGUGUUUGUGGUCUACCAUGAAGUCUUCAUCUGCUAGAAUGCUGUAAAGUGAUAACUGUUAUAUACAGGUUUGUAGAACUCGGAUCUAUGGCACUCACAAAAUUGUCUUAUUCUUUUAUAGCUGGUUCCUGGAGGAGAAGGGCCUGAAGUAUGAAUUGAUACAGUUGUUAUCUAUGAAGACAUGGAUUUUUUUAUAUAUAUAUAUAAUCUAAAUAGAGCUUUUGGGGUAUGGGUGUGGGUGGGUUUUGGUGUGGGUGGUUUGUUGGUUGGGUUGGGGUUUUUUUUUGUUUACACAUUCUUGCAGUUGAGAUUUGAUAAAACACAAGGAUUUCUUCUGGAAAGGUGCAUUGAUAAUGAUAAUGCUUAAGUUGUGCUCUUUACUUUCUUGUAAAGAUGCACUAAUCUGUUCUGAAUAAAAGGCUUUAUUUUUGUUA